AUGAAAGACCGCGGGGAACCUGGAACAAGCGCAAGCGGUGAGGGACAUCCCAAGCUCGAGGAAAUGGAAGACUACAUCUGCAAGUUGCGCGCUGUAGAGACCGAGCUGCAAGAGCUUCUGGAGCAAGAACUCAACCACGCAUACCAACUUUCGUCUAAAGUGUCUAACCCAAGGGCGUCGGCGAACUCAAACUACGUUCCAUCUCUAGAUAUACUGCUGGAAGAGUGCAGCAAGAGACUUCGGAAGUAG